GGGUGUAGCCUAGAAGUUUCGCAUGAAGACAGGUGCGUGUGCGCAACAGAAGUAGGCGGGGCUGAUUGUUCAGACGCGCAGUUGACGCUGUCGUCGAAGAGCUCAAGACUGAAACGGCUGGCAAAAAACGAACGAGAUUAAGGACAUCUGUGAAAGCUUUAAGAAUCACUGAGAUUGCCUACAAACUACAGAACCCGCACGUGAAGGAGGUGUAAGAAUUUCCGAAAAUAAGAAUACGCUGUAGCCUAGGUUGGCAUCAAUUGAAGGUAGACAAGACUAAAGGAACCAGAGUCGCAGGAUCUACUUACAUCGUCUGCGAGUGAGAGGAUACGCACACGCUGGAUUAUUUCUGAUUGUGUAUACAUACACACAUACAUAUGGCAGAUCCUCAACUUUUAGAUGACCGGGACAGAGAAAGCAGCAGCAGCAACAGCAGUCAAAGUGGCGACCAUGUGGAAGUCACCAUAGAGACAAGAGCCCAUCCUGCCCUAGAGACGGGCUCGCCCCCCAGCCCCCCGUCACCUGAGGACACCCUCGAUGGUGGCCGCAAUCAUGGCACCUUCGCCCGAGCGCUGCGCGCAGGCCUGCUAAAGAAGAACCAGGACUAUGUGCGCAUCAAGAUCUCCAGGGCCCGCAGUGGAGGCGCCAGCGGUCAGUCUAGGGGCCGCGGGAUCCUCGCCCAGUCAUCGGAGCCCCUGCCGCACGAGUGGUGGAAGACGGGCGUUGCGUUCGUGUACGCGUGCAGUUGUCUGGUUCUCACCACUGGCGUGAUCACCAUGGUGCACGAGCGCGUCCCCAGCCAGAUGCCUCCGUUGCCGGACAAAUUCUUUGAUCUGAUUCCCCGCAUGCCGGGAGCCUUCCACGUAACAGAGAUCAACGGCAUGCUGCUGGUUGGCCUAUUCCUCAUGCAGUGGCUCUUCCUCAAACAUAGGGCUAUCAUUAUCCGGCGGUUCUUCUUCCUGCAGGGGACUCUGUAUCUGUACCGUUGCGUCACCAUGUACCUCACCGUCCUCCCUCCACCUGGCUCUCACCUGAACUGUGCUCCCAAGUUGUAUGGCGAUGCCCAGGGGAAAGUGUACCGUAUGCUGAAGAUGGUGUCCGGAGGAGGCCUGUCCAUCACCGGCUCCCACAUCAUGUGCGGAGACUACCUGUACAGCGGCCACGCGGUCAUGCUCACCCUCACCUUCCUCUUCAUCAGGGAAUAUUCCCCACGCUCCAUGUGGUGGUAUCACCUGAUUUGCUGGUUGCUAAGUGCUGUCGGCUUGGUCUGCAUUCUGCUGGCACACGACCACUAUAGCAUUGACGUGGUGGUGGCCUACUUCAUCACCACCAGAAUAUUCUACUGGUACCACACAAUGGCCAACAACAAGGCCAUGCGAGGGUCGCCACAUAACUAUCUGAGCAACACGUGGUGGAGCCCAAUCUUCAACUUCCUGGAGCAGAACGUGCGCAUGACGGUUCCCUGCACGUUUGCCUGGCCCAUCCCCAUCCCGACUUCCUGGUUUGAGAAUCCGUGCCGGAGGUAUUCUAUAGUACAGAGCACACGGGGGGAGUGAUCACUGCGAUCACACAGAGAUGUGUUGGAACACAAGUGCCCACACACACACACACACACACUUUUGCACCUUGUUGGCCACUAUUCUUUACAGAUUUGAACUUUGCUUACGAAGACUAAGGAAAUGCUCUGCUGAAGAUGCUGGACUAAGAAAAACAAUUGUUGGAAGAAGUUUGAAAAAGUCUUUGAAUCUGCCUGAGUCUGAGCUUGUGCAAACAGCCAUGGAAAUGCAGUCAUUAUUAGUGUUUUAGAUGUCUUGGAUCAUGCUAAAUACAUACACACACAGGCUUGUAUGGUAUGACACAUACACACACACAGGCAGUUGUGACUUCAGUUUGGUACUGCAAGGCACCUCAGCCUCAUUUAAAACUGUUACCAUAGUGAUGUGGGAGUUGUGCCACUAAGUCCACUGCCGGACAAAGCAGUGAUGACUUCAUGGAAAAGGGGCGGAGUCUUUCAUGCCGCUACACGUCAACCAAUAAUGACCUCAGAAUGCUGGCUAGGCCAGACGUUUCACGUCCUUGUGUGCAAUGCACAUGCUUUGAAUUGUUUUACUGAAAAAGAUGUUUUAUGUUUGUUGGCUGUUUUAUUUUCACUGAUGUUUUUGUAUGAAGUUAUAAUUAAGUUAAAAAUGUUAUAAUUGCUUCACUUAUGCCUUAAUAAUUAAACUACUAUUUUUUUAUAAGUA